AACAACACAGACAGAGGAACUCAAGACAGAAACAUCACCACUGCAUGGACUGCUUCACCUAGUUUCUAUGAGCCAGAGGAGUUGAGAAGGCACACUUGUAGGCCCCACCCCUGCUCAGAUUGCAGAGGCAGUUUCGUGUGUCCAACUCACCUCAUACCACACAAAAAUACUAUCAAAAGAAAGAAAACUUACCCAUGUGGUCAAUGUGGGAAGAGUUUUCAGA